AUGAGGCUUUUCCUCUUAUUGAUCGUGAAAUUUUGCGUCAAUUCCGCUGAAGACACUGAUUCAAUAAAACUCGGUGAACUGUUAAAACUUGAUCCGGGUGCUCGUCUUUUGGCCGAAAAUUUGACGAUCUCAAUUCCGAAGAAAUUCGUGAUUAAUGGAACGGAAGUGCUUUCAAAUAUUGUUUUCUCGGCGAAAAGCAUUGACUACUCGUCUAACAAUAAGAAAACUGAGAAAACAAUUACUGUUGAGCCGGACGUCUACAACUCGACUAUAAACACAAUUACGAUCAGCCCAGAGAAACCGAUGAUCGAGAUUCAAUACUACACGGAUCCGAAUUAUAAGAGCCAACUCACUGAAGGUUAUACAUUCAUCAGAGAAAUUUAUGGUUUCUUGAGCAAAGAUGAUGUGAAAAGGGAAUUCUUUGAUGGAACCAUUAAGGAAAGUGAACGAAAGCUCCGAAAUUAUUUUGCGAUCGAUCGAAGAAUGGCCGAGAUUGACUCAUUGUUUCUCGAAGACAACACAACGGAUAUUUCAGUCAAACUGCCUGAGGUCUCGGAUUUGAUCACUGCGGUCAAUUUCACUCGUUAUUUUGAAGCUAUUCUUCCGAAAUCUGUUCAAGAAAAGCUGUCAUUGUCAAAAAUGAAUAUUCGUUUGCGAAAUAUCAUUUUCUCACUGCUUCCCUAUUUGGAUGAUCGUUUUCUCGAUGCUUACAAUAAACUAAAUCAAAGAAUCUACGGAGUAAAAACGAAAGACACUGGAGCUCUUUACAUUGAACGGUAUUUCUCUCAAAAAAGCGUCGAUGAAGUUUCGAUGAUGGUGAAAAACAUCAGAAACUCGUUCAUUGAGAUUUUGGAAGAGACUGACUGGAUGGACAACAAAACAAAAGCCGCAGCUAGGUUAAAGGCCGAAAGGAUGAUGGAGUUCAUCGGCUACAAUCCAACAAUAUUCAACGCGACGUCGAUUGCUGAGAAAUAUGAAUUACUAGACUACCCAGCUCCACUCACCAUGCAGGGAAUCAGCAACGCGAUCACAAAAUGGAGUCAACAACGCUCACAAUUCGACGAGUUAGGCAACAAGAAAAACUGGUGGGACGCAAAAACCCUCACGAACUACGAACAAAUGAAGCAAUGUUUCGUGGAACAAUACGGACACACGAAAAUCGAACCGCUCAACAUUUAUAUUGAUGGGUACAAAACACUUGGCGAGAACAUAGCCGACAAUGGAGGGCUUCGAUCAGCUUUGAGAGGGGUGCAGAAGUUGAUCAAUGAGAAGAAAAUUGACACCGAGAAUAUACCGAUUGCCCUUCGGAAGUACUCACCGUUGCAGAUUUUCUUCAUGAGCUAUGCAUUUGUAAAAACAAGGAUCUUGCAAUCACUUGGUCAUUUGGAACCACCGUUCAUCAAUGAGACUUUUUUUGAACAAAACGCCAAGUUGAUCAAGUAUUUACAAGAGAGGAAACCACCAGUGGCGCCACCAAAGGAAAUCUUUGAAACAUUUCACAUAGCCGUUUCAUCCAAUGCGAACUAUUCGCGAACGUUUUUACCAAUUCCUGAACAGGUUCUGAAAAGAAGAAUCGUAGAAGUGAAAGCUUCAAUUAUUUUCGACAAAUCUCCAAUUGAUUCUCCGGCGAGUGUUGAAGUUUACACAAAGUCUAAAGAGGGAAGAAACCUCUUUGGUUCUGCUGAGCUCGGGCAUAUCCCCACCUUGAAUAACAACGAACAAAUUGCAAAGUUUUCUCCACAAGAUUUUCAACCAUUGCUCCAAAAGAUUGGCUCUGGUGAAAUCGAGCUUGAGAUCUUGUUCUAUUUCAAUGCUAAGAAAACGACUAUCGCACAGAGAUUUGACUCACAAACAACUAACAUUUUCUUCGAGAUCAAAACGAAGCAUUUAAUGGCGCUAAAGGGACAAGAGUUGUGUGAUCUAUCAGAUGGGGAUGAGGGCUGCUGUCUGCGCUCUAUGCCAGUCGAUUUUAGUCUGAUGAAAAAUUGGAACUUUUUGAUUGCUCCACGUGCUUUCGACAUCUACAUUUGCACUGGAAGUUGUGCAAUUAACAAUCAUGCACGUGACGCCAAUUCCGAUGAGUACAUCCCAGUUUCCAGACAUCAGAUCAUGAAAGAUAGCUUUGCAGAAGAUUUAGUUCCACAAUGUUGCCAUCCGACUCAAUACGAUGACAUCACUUUGUUUCUGCACACCCCGUCAGCCGCCGUGAAGCAAAUUCGUUAUGAAAAUCUUUUAGUGGCUGCUUGUGGUUGUGAU